UAGUGAUGUGUCCAAAACCAGUCACAACCAGUCAUUGAUACUCCCUCCCUCUUCUUGUUACAUCCCUUCUUGUUAAGACAUUUGAACUUUGAAUUCUCAACCACAUAUUUUUAUUUUUCAUGUAACUAUUCUCCAAUCACAGUCUCAACCUCUCAGUUUUGACAAAAGAUGGAUGAUACUAAAGUUGGUAUGAGAAGAGUUAGAUCAGUUAAAGAUGUUAUUAGUCUAUAUGAUGAUAGGAAUCAUAGGACUGCUGAUAGUUCUUCAUUGAAGAAAACUCAGAUAGACUUCGAGGCGGAUUUCUCAGCGAACCCUACUUCAAGAACAAGAGAACUACACCAAGCUAGACGAGACAUUGGAAGGUACAAAGAGAGUAGAUGGACAGCAGAAUCUGCAAAAUCUCAAGCAGAAUCUGAGCUUUCAAAUGCUAAAAAGACAAUGAAAAAUCUCUCUUCUAUGAUUGAGGAAUCAAGUUACAAGGCUAAGGCGAAAAUGAAGGACAUAGAAACACUAGAGAAGAAGGGAAAAGGUCAACAUGGUGUUAUGGUUGUAAGGAGGAAUGAGAAUUAUGAGUAUGCACAAGUGAUGAGAGAAUUGGAAUAUCUCAAAAAGGAAUUGUUUAAGCUAAAGCUUGACGUGGCUUCUGUUUUGCAAGAGAAAUCGCGGGCCGAGAAAGAAAUCGAAGCAUCAAGCUCAAAGAUGAUUGAUUGUUCAAAAAAAGAAGAAGUACUUAGAAAGGAGAUUGAAGAAGCCAAUGAAGAACAAGUACUUGCUGAAUUGGCCAGGAUUGAGGCUUUGAAAGAGUUGGAGGAUAUUAGAGUUCAAAGAGAAAGAGAAGCAAAUGAGUUUUCAUUCAAAUUGGAAAACACAAGAAAAACGUUAAAGGAGGCCACGGAAGAGAUAGACAUAUCAAAGGAACUUGAAAUGAAACUAGCUAUGACAGUUUCAGAUGUUGAUCUGUUGCAGAUUCAGUUGAGUUUGGUCAAAGAAAUGGAGAAAAGGGUUCAAGGAGAUGAAAGUGUGAAACUAUUGGAAGGAAGUUUAAGAAAAGGUGACGAAUCAGGAGACUCUACCGAGUUACAAACUGUAAAGGAGGAACUUGAGGCCGCAACGAAAGAAUUAGCUUUGAUUAGAGAUGAAGGUUUUCAGUUUAUGGCUUCUAUGGAUGUUAUAAGAAAUGAGCUGAAGCAUGUAACUAAGGAAAUAGCUCGCUUGAAGAAAAACGAUUCAUCGGUUCAAAAUCUCAAUUCAAAGGUUCUAAGAACAAAAUCUAAGCUAGAAGCUGCAUCUGCUGCAGAGGAAAAAGCAAGAUCAUUAGUAGUUAGUCUAUCUCAUUCUCUUGAGACUCUGAAGAAAGAAACAGAUGAAGCUAAAACGGAAAAAGAGCUCAUAUCUCAAGAUAUUAUAACAACUAAGUUGGAAAUUGAAAAAACCGAGUUUGAGAUUGAUACGAGUGAGGAAAAAUUGCAAGGCGUUAUGAAAGAGUUGGAAGAAGCAAAAACAACUGAAGCUUUAGCUUUGGAGAAGCUUAAAACACUUUCUGAGACUACCAUGAAAGAAAGAGCUUUAACAGCAAAACAUAGUUCAUCGAUUACUAUCUCCAAAUUUGAAUACGAGUAUCUAACUAAUCAUGCAGCUGCAGCAGAAGAACUUGCUGAUAAAAAAGUUGCGGCAGCUGAGGCAUGGAUUGAAGCGCUCAAGGCGAGUGAGAAGGAAAUACUAAUGGAAACAAAAAUAGUUCAAAGAGAACUCAAAGAAAACAUUUUGAAGGAAGAGAGGGAGGUUUACAUCAAAGAGAAGAUGGCUGCAAGAAGAGUUAGUAGUGAGGAGUUUGAUAGAACAAGAAAACGCGAAAAGGGUUCGUCGCAGAGAGCUAUUUCUAGAAAGAGUAUUAAAUCAAAUGGAAGUAUGACUCCUGCUAAAAGAAUCAAGUUUCAGAAGUCUGCUGCUUCACCCGCAACUCGGCACAUUAGUCCUUUCACUCUUAAGAAGAGAAAGAAAGUUAUCCCGAAUUUGGCAAAGUUAUUCAGUAGCAAGAAAAACACUAUGCCUAAAGAGUAAAUUCAACGUCAUUGUUUUAAAUUCCGGUCUACAAUCGCAUGCACAAUUAGAUAUAAAAUUAGUUAUGUCACUACCAGCUGAUAUAACUAACUUUAUAUCUAAUAUGCAAGGUGAAGGAUUUUCAAGCCUUGGCAAAUAGAACUUCAUCAUUGCUAAAUUUUAAUAGCAGGGUAAAGAGUGAGGCAAACAUAUCUAUUUGUAACUGAAGUAUAACUCUCACUACAGAAUUCAAGUUAUUUUUUCUCUUUUCUCUUCCA